AUGGCCCUGCGCCGCUCCCCGGGCGCCGCGGGCGCCGACUUCGACUUCGGCGGCUCCAAGAUCCUCGUCCUCUCCAGCCAGAUGCGGCCCGGCGCCGUCUACGACCAGGGCACGGGCUUCGUCCUCACGGACUACGCCCUGCGCAACCCGAGCGCCUGGGUCCCCAUCGUCUUCAACGAGGUCUUCUUCGUCAGCGCGCACCGCUUCUCCAUGGCCACGCUGCGCGCCUGCUGCGGCGGCGGCCACUUCGCGGGCUGCCGCGACAACUCCGCCAUCGUCGUCGGCCGCGUCAUCACGCCGGCGGCGGCCAACAACGUCUUCGCGAUCGUCGGCAUCGCCAAGGAGGGCCUCGGCUCGUCGGGCUCCGGGGCGCCCCACUACAUCGACGUCGACACGCGGGAGAAGACCAACGGCCUAGUGUCGUUAGGUCUUCUCUCGCGAGGCGCGGGCUUCACCACGAGCCAGCCCACGAACUACCGCCACCAGCUCUUCGGCUACCGCCAGAUCAUCGAGCUCACCGUCGCCUAG